ACAUUGUUUAUAAAUGAUAUGCUAUUUCAUUUAAUGUGGACAUUCUUUGUUCAGGGCAGUCAGGCAUUUGUUUACGCUACCUCUCGAUGGGGCCUUUGCGUUACAUAGCUGUCUUGGCAAGAAAAGUCACAAUAUGUGCGCACAUGGUUUGUAGUUAGUGCACCACUGUUGUUUGUAUAUGAUUGUGUAAUUAUAUAAGACAAUUUAAGUCAAGCCAUCUGACGACCUGGUUGCAACCUUUUAAGAAUCUUAAUACCCCGAACCAGGAGUAGACAGCGUGUAGAUAGCAUUCUAGCGAGAUAAACUAGCAUUAACCUUACAGGAGUGAAUUCACUGAGUAGGUUAAUAAACAAGACGGCAGUGCCCUCCGGCUGCAUACACUUGUAUAUAUUUUAUAAACCUGGGCGCAACGCCCAGACUUCUUUCUAGUAAAAAGUAGGAAUAUUUGAAUACCUUCUUUUGAUUGGCUAGCUGUUACUUAUGAGUCCAGAUGAGCGGUCAGAAAAGGGUCCAACGGAAACAUGCCCGUUUUGUGGCCGUUCUUUCAAGAGGCUGAAAUCACACAUUACUCACUGCAAAAUGGCACCUGUUACCAAGGCUACAAAAACCCCUGAAUGGCUGAGCGCCGUUCCUUCGGCUCCGGGGCGGAACUCGGCCAAGAAGCCCGGGAAGCUGCCCGCCAAACGGGAGGGGCAGGCGGGCGGUACCCCGGACAGGACGACGGCCGACGCCCGGCCUGGAGCGGCAGGCCUGGGGGAGAGGGUGAAGGCACGCCCAAAUAAGAAGAGCCCCAAGGCGCAGGACGUCCCUCCUGGCAGCGGCGUGAAGGUCAAGGUCAAAGCUCAGGAGCAGAACCGCGGGGGAGCGGAAGGGGCGGAGCCUCAGAGAGGGCGGGCCCCCCCGGUCGAGCACCCGCAUGUCCGAGGCGCCACGCUCGCCCCGUCCGAACUGGCAGGAAAGAGACCCGGUCCCGUUACCACGGCAGCGGGGGGCCCUGGCUCCUACGCAGAAACCCCUAAAGCCCCACUUCCUGCCCCCAGCAAAGCCGCUACGCCAGGGCGGGAGUCCUCCCCCGCGAAGCCGCCGAUCAAACCGAAAGCUCCCGAAUCACAGGGGAGCCGGGGCUCGGCGCAGUUCCCUGCGUCGCCUGGAGGAGGCGCCACGGCCCAGAGCUCAUCCAGGGAUCCGUUUGUGGCCCGAAUACAGGUGGCGGAGGGCGCCCUCCGCAGGCCGCCCCGUGCCAGGACCAGGUUCUGGGAGGACGUCCCGAGCGCUGAUCAGCUGACUCUGAGAACGGGGAGCAGCAGCGGCCGGGGCUGGACCAAGACAAGCGUGUGGGAGCACAUUAAAGAGGGGUUCUCCUGCAGGAGCCCCGCCCCUGCUCCUAAAACCCCUGCCCCCAGCCACACCCCCAUCCACACCACCCCUGGUGCCCCUGGCCCCAGCCACACCUCCAGCCACACCAGCCCCGCCCCCGCCCUUGGUGCCUCUGCCCCCGCCCCCAGCCACACCCCCACGUUAGCCUCCGCUCAGGACAGAGAAAUCGCCAGGCUGCCCACGUUAGCCUCCGCUCAGGACAGAGAAACCGCCAGGCUGCCCACGCUAACCGCCACUCAAGAAAGAGAAACCGCCAGGCUGCCCGCGUUAACCGCCACUCAGGAAAGAGAAACUGCCAGGCUGCCCGCGUUAACCGCCACUCAGGAAAGAGAAACCGCCAGGCUGCCCACGUUAACCGCCACUCAGGAAAGAGAAACCGCCAGGCUGCCCACGUUAACCGCCACUCAGGAAAGAGAAACCGCCAGGCUGCCCACGUUAACCGCCACUCAGGAAAGAGAAACCGCCAGGCUGCCCAUGUUAACCGCCACUCAGGACAGAGGAACCGCCAGGCUGGGUGUUGGUGGUGGGUCUCUGGCAGGGAGCCACGCCCCCCUCAGGGGCGUAGAGCGGGGGGCGGGCAGAGGAAUCCGCUGCCCCCUCGGACUGGAGGGGACGCCAGAACUAGCAGCAGCCUAUGAGGGGAUAGGCCUCUCCAUGCUUCCAGUGCGCUCCCUAGCACACACUGAGCACGUGCAGCAGAAGGCCCUGCCCACCCAGCUCCCAGCACUAGGAAGUCAAGGGUCUCUUACUGACCGCGUGCUGAUGGAGGUGCGGUUGGCAGAGCUCCCUGCAUGGUUUACCUCUCGAUCCCUCCUGACCCCCAGAGAGGCAGUGGCUGCUGUGCACAGAGGGUGGAGGAGGUACUACGGGAAGUACAUUGACGUUCGGAGGGGCGGGGUCGGAGGCGUGGCCAUGCUGCUGGCCGGCUACUGUGUGCUGAGCUACCUCUGGAGUUAUCCCCACCUGAAGCGGGACCGCUGGAGGAAGUACCACUAGCCUCAGAGGCGGAAGUGGAUCCCUAAUCAACCUCCGGAAUGUGUGGAUAUGGAUUCUGCCAGCUUUAUGAAUGUGUGUGAAUGUGUAGAUACGGAUUCUACCAGCUUUAUGAAUGUGUGGAUAUGGAUUCUGCCAGCUUUAUGAAUGUGUAGAUAUGGAUUCUGCCAGCUUUAUGAAUGUGUGGAUAUGGAUUCUGCCAGCUUUAUGAAUGUGUGUGAAUGUGUGGAUAUGGAUUCUACCAGCUAUAUGAAUGUGUGGAUAUGGAUUCUGCCAGCUUUAUGAAUGUAUGUGAAUGUGUGGAUAUGGAUUCUACCAGCUAUAUGAAUGUGUGGAUAUGGAUUCUACCAGCUAUAUGAAUGUGUGGAUAUGGAUUCUACCAGCUUUAUGAAUGUGUGUGAAUGUGUGGAUAUGGAUUCUACCAGCUAUAUGAAUGUGUGGAUAUGGAUUCUACCAGUUUUAUGAAUGUGUGUGAAUGUGUGGAUAUAGAUUCUAACAGCUCUGUGAAUGCGUGUGAAUGAGGAGUUAUGGAUUCUAAUAGCUGUAUAAAUGUGUGUGAAUAUGGAGAUAUGGAUUCUGUCAUCUUUAUGAAUGUGUAAAUGUGUGGAUAUAGAUUGUAGCAGCUGGGCUCAGCUCUAAUUCUCUGUCUUAGAGAAACAGGGCUGAACUCUGUUUGGAUAUCUUAGGUACAGGACCAGGGCUGGGCUCUGAUUGGCUGUCCUAUGAAUGGUCUCUAUGGAGCACCACACUCUCUUUUCAACUGUAAUAAACAACCACACAGGAUGCCUUUUUAUUCAGCCAUCGCUGCACUACAAACAGUAAUCCACAGUAACAACACAAUUUCUGACUGGCUCGGCAACGGCAACAGGGCUGGGCUCUGAUUCGCUGCCCUGGCUACGGGAAGAAAGCUGAGCUCUGAUUUGUUGUCCAGGCUACAGGUAGAAAGCUGAGCUCUGAUGCGUUGUCCAGGCUACAGGAAGAAAGCUGAGCUCUGAUUCGCUGUCCUGGCUAGAGGAAGAAAGUUGAGCUCUGAUUCGCUGUCCUGGCUGGAACAACACUGCUUUAAUCAUAGGCCUUGUGAUUACCAUACAGUUCCUAAAUACAGUAGCUAUUGCCAUGCAUAACCAAACAGCCCAGCAGGAGUCACCAGGGAGCACUUGUAGCUCCAAACUUUUUUAGCUCUGUACCUAAGCUGAUAUAUAGUGUGCAUGUAAUCAUGUUUUUGAUAACUGAUACUAUGAAGGCAAUAAAUGAGAUUAUGCCCUA